UUUUUUUCCUGAGUGAUAUUAUUGUAGAAACUGAGUAAAUUUGCUUCCAGAGUUUGGAUUUUGCUGCUAUAUAUCUCCAUAGGGUCAUUUAAUAUGUUCCUUUAUUCUUUUAUGUCAAGGAAAUAUACAAAAUUGUAGGAUUUCUUAAAAUAAUAAUCAAGAAAACACAGCAUAUCAGAAUCUGUGUGACAUGGCUAAAGUGUUAUUAAAAGAAAAUUUAUAGAACUAAAUAAGUAUAUUAGUUAAAAAGAAAAUUAAAACAAAUGAAUUUAACAUUCAACUCAGAAAUUUAAAAAAUAUAAAAAUAAAAUAAGAUAAUCCAGUAAGCCAAAACAAAGAAGAAAUAAGAUAAAUGCAGAAAUUAGUGUUUCAUUUUUUCCCCUUUGUUUUUACAAACAAGCUUUAGGCUCACAUUUGGGACGGAGGAGAUCAUUUUCUAAUUUGCAACCAUAUAGACAACACAUAUGGGUAACUGCAGAGUAAAGGCUUUCCAGCAAAUUUGCACUGGAUUUCCAGAUCAUGGUGCUUUGACUGUCCCUGGGAAAUCAGGUCUGGGUCUGGAGCCCACACUUCCCAUCUUCAGGAGGGAGGUUCUGGGGGCUCAGCUCUGGGGCGAGUCUCCGUGCCCCCCCCCAUCCAGGGGAGACACUAGGGUGACUGAUGGGACUAGGGGCACCUCCUCCCCUGUAAUUUGGCUUUGCCAUCGACAGACACCACAUCAAAUCUCAGCUACUCUAAUUAGCACUCAGGAGGUCCUGAGCAAACCUUUCUGAGCUGAAAUUUCCUCCCUAUAGACUGGGGAAUUAACCCUUACCUUUGGGGGCUAAGGAGCAAAGGGGAUGCUCCGUAGAGCUGGUUGGCAGUAGGUGGUGGCUGAUAGGCUAGCCCUUGGGUUCUAUGGUUCCGUCCUCUGAAAUGUCAGGGGACACUGAGCAUCAAGCAAGAGAGCGCAAUCCAAGAGCUCUUCCUUCUCUGAGGCCCACUGAGUGCAAUGUGACACGCCUGCCCCCGGCCCUUUUCCUCUGCCUUGGCAUCCAUCUGCCAUCUGCGCCGGGCUGCACGUGGAGGACAUUUCCAUCCUAUCCCUGUCCCAGGCCAGCCCAAGCCGCGCGCUCCUCGGGCGGUGCCCGUCCCACCAGGCUGGGUGCGGGGCCGGGGCUUGGCUUGUGGGAGGCGCUCUCUCCAUCUUAGUUCGGUCUUCCUGCGCGGGAGGGGACGACCGGCCUGGGGUGUGGGGGAUUGGACCUUCCUUGUCCCUCCCCAAUGGAACAAAGACCUGGCCUUACCCAUUUUUCCUGCCAUCGCCGGCUGACUUUGUGACCGAGGGGCCGUCGGGGCCGCCCUGCGCACCCCUCGCCCCCGCCCCGGGCGCGCCUCCCGCAGCUGCAGACCCGGUGGCAGAAGUCCAGCACCAAGAUGACUGAGCGCUUCGACUGUCACCACUGUGAGAACUCCCUCUUCGGCCGGAAGUAUGUCCUGCGGGAGGAGCAGCCCUACUGCGUGGGCUGCUUUGAGGCCCUCUUCGCCAGCACAUGCGAGGAGUGUGGGAAGCUGAUUGGAUGCGACUGCAAGGACUUAUCCUACAAGGACCGGCACUGGCACGAGGCCUGCUUCCACUGCUCGCGAUGCAGGAGCUCCCUCGUGGACAAGCCAUUUGCUGCCAAGGAGGACCAGGUGCUCUGCACUGACUGCUACUCGCAGGAGUACUCAUCCCGCUGCCAGGAGUGCAGGAAGGCCAUCAUGCCAGGCACCCGCAAGAUGGAAUACAAGGGCAGCAGCUGGCACGAGACCUGCUUCACCUGCCACCGCUGCCAGCAGCCCAUUGGGACCAAGAGCUUCAUCCCUAAGGACGGCCAGAACUUCUGUGUGCCCUGCUAUGAGAAGCAGCACGCCUUGCAGUGCAUUCAGUGCAAAAAGCCCAUCACCAGCGGGGGCGUCACGUACCGUGAGCAGCCCUGGCACAGGGAGUGCUUCGUGUGCACCGCCUGCAAGAAGCCACUGUCCGGCCAGCGCUUCACGUCCCGUGACGAGUUCGCCUACUGCCUGGGCUGCUUCUGCGACCUGUACGCCAAGAAGUGUACAGGCUGCGCCAACCCCAUCAGUGGACUGGGCGGCACCAAGUACAUCUCCUUCGAGGAGCGGCAGUGGCACAACGACUGCUUCAACUGCAAGAAGUGCUCGCUGUCGCUGGUGGGGCGAGGCUUCGUCACCGAGAGAGACGACAUCCUGUGCCCCGACUGCGGGAAGGACAUCUGAGCCGCUAGAGGGCCUGCUCGCGCUGCUUUCCCCCUGUGCGCCCCGCCCCGCCGCGCCCCGCCCCGCCCCGCCGCGCCCCGCCCCGCCCCGCCCCGCCGCGCCCCGCCCCCAGGUGGUGCCGCGGCCCCCGGCCCCGCCUGCUACCUGUGCCGCCCACACCUGUUUACAGCCUUGCUCCGCGCUUGUGCCUGAGGCCUAGGGAAGGAGGUCCUGGAGCCCGAAGUGGGAGGUGGUUGUGCAUUCGUGGAAUCACGCAAGGACAAUCCGAGUGGAAACAUCCUUUUGAAUGCUAUCUUUAUAGACCGACCUUUCUUUCACUGUGUCUUUAAUUAUUAAGUGCAAUUACCGCGAGUUAAUGAAGGGUUGGUGUCAGGGCGUUGACCGGUGGCCUAGUGCUUGGCUUUUGGCGCUUUCGCGGCUACAGCCAGGGGCAGUAAUCCCUGGCCUGGGACCUGAGAUCUCACAUCAAGCCAAUACCCGCCAAAGCCAAAAAAAUGGUAUUUCCAAGGCCGUAACUUUGUCACGUGGAGCCCAAAGCAAGGUGAGCCGGCUCACGAUAAAGUGAUCCGGGAGGAAAUCUUAUGUCAAGUGCAGUGGGUCAAAUAUGAAACGUUAAGGGUCUCAGCAUAAACAACACUUGACUGCAGCUUCCACUAGGGCUCUGACGGACUGAAAUUGCAUCAGGCCUUUUAUCGAAAAGGAAGCCGCAGUCAGCACCAGGGCAGCUGCCUUCCUCUCUGACCCUUUCCCAGACUCCCUGGGAAUUUAAUGCUCAGCCUAGGAUGUGGUGACAUAAGCGACAGCACGUGAGCUGAUGGACGUGCGGGCAGCACUGGGUCACUUUUCUGGACAGAGCUCGAUGCUCUCCUGUGCUCCCGGCCAAGCCCUCACACCUGCCUGCCUUCUCCUCCGUGAGUGGAGGCUUACAGGAGGCACAGGUGACUCCAGACCAGAGUUGAUGUCCUGCGCACCUGUAUUUUGUCAACACCUGGGCAACUGAGGCCACCUGGGAGCCUUCUGUGAGUGUUUCUGAAGGAUAAGAAGGGAAAUCACAGCUCUAAAUAGAACACUCCUUUUCAGGUAGGCUCCUGAGCUGACUUCUAAAGGUUCGCUAUGCCCUAGACCCAGAAAACCCCAAAAAAUCACUGCACAUCAAGAGGUUAAGGUUUUUGUGCUCACCUUUUUUUGGCCACGCCCUUGGCAUGUGGAAUUUAUGCCAACUUACCAGGUAGGGCAUGGCAUGGUUCUUUUUGGGAUAACAACUGUGAUUUUUUUGUCCUUAGCUUUCUAAGAUAAUGCAGUAUGAUACAAUGAUCGGCUAUGCAGCAGAAAAAUCUGGUUGAACUCAAGUCCCACCUACGCAGAGCAUCUGUGAAGCCAGUUUCUUAAUCUGAGUGCUGGUCACUGUGAGAAGUGCUUGAUUGUGGCUGAAACGGGCCUCUGGCUGUAUGGUCUGUUGGCUGGAGGCUUUGCUCAAAAAAAAUAACCACCACCCCCCUCCACCUUGUUAGUUGCUUUGCUGGCUCUUACUUUAUGAUAUAAAGGUAAAUGCAUUCUUGCAAAUGUGCUUUUUAAAAUAAAAAUAGCAAAAUUCAAAAAAAA